AUGCGCAAACAGAAGAAAGCAAUCCCUGUGGUGCCUGCGGCAAAGGUGGACUUGCCCUCAUCAACUGUUAAAAAGGAGAUUACGCAGCUUUGUGAUACACUGACAACUGUAACUGCGCCAAAACUUGAAGAACAGAAUGAAGCGAUUAUAAUGCUAAUGUCAGAAUCGACAGCCGCAAAGGAUCGCUUAACUGGGGAGCUACGGGAAGCCCAUGAAACGCUUGUAACUCAAAUUUACAGUCUUCGUCAGAAAAGUUUGGAUAUUCUAAAUAAAAUUGAGACGUGCCACCCUGAUGCGAAUGAGAACCUUACUAGCAUUGAUGCUCUCAUUGCGAGGAUCGAAACCCUCUCGUCUUCGUCCGUUAAGAUUAUUGCGGAGAGGGAUAUGAGCAAGCUGAUGCAAUUGGACAAGGAUAUUGCCCAGCUUCAAGAUGACAUUAACUCGUUUCAGUCACAGGAAGCGAGUGUAAACAUUAAAAGUUUGGACAUAAACCAAAGUAAAAUCACUCUGGAUAAUGUAAAAAUCAAUCCCGCUUAUAAAUAUGCUCUUGACCGUCUAAUAGCAUUGAUUCAGGAUGCAAGACAGAAGGGCAGUUCCUUAAACCAAGUCUACGAAGAAUAUCAAAUGAAUCAAAUGGUUCCGAUGUCCACAAACGAUAAAGUUUUUAACACAAUUGAAUCCCAUUUGAGGGAUCUGGAAACACGACUAAAUUCUCUUUUUGAAAAAAUUGGGCAGCAGCGAUCUGAAUUCGAAAAAGAGUGCACUCAAUAUACCACCUUCUUGUCUUCGGAAUUGCGCAAGCUAGACGAAGGUGAACCUGUUGCCGCAACGGGAAAAACUGAUCCAACAUUUCCAGUCCCCGAGGAUAGUCCUGAAUCCACUUUUUAUUGGUUGAAGUUUCAUCAACUCGAGGAAAAGUGUGAACGACGAAUAAAUCCCGAUUUCGAAAAGCUUUCGCAACUACUCACUGAUGGAAAGGAUCGAGCGGAGAAACUCCACCGUAACAUUUCUGACUACACAAAACAACUCGCCGCAGGGGAUAAGAGCAAUCGCGAUCUCGAGAGUGACUUAAUCAAAUUGAAAGAGCAUGUUAACCUGUUGCGGACGGCGGUGCAGGAGUGGUUUGAGCAGGCCGAGACUGUGAUCACUGAAGACUUAAACGGAAAAAAAUCAAAUCUAGACAGAUUACGCCAACAAAUAACAGAAAUUGAAACAAUGAUUGCAGAUCGUGCACAGGACGAUUGUGUUAACGAGCUGAGCCACUUGGAUAAACUAACUUUCGACAAGGGGAAAACCUCAACAAACUUAAUCCGAGGUCUUCAGCGGAAACGUACUGAAAGGACAGAUCUGAAGAUAACACUCAAGAGAACAGAGCUAGUAAAGAAAUUCGCCGAGUUGGAAACCUUCACCAUCCUAAAUGAUUUCCUGUAA